AUGGCCCUCAAGGCAACAGCAAAUGUGCCGGCAUCAAGACCUCCGGGUGGAAAACAGAAAGGUCGUGGCGAUCAACCACAACCUCAGCAGAAUCGCAUAGAGUUUGCCUUACCUUCGAGUGUGGUGCAGGCGGUUCAAUCAUUGUCUACACGGGCUACGCAAGACUUAUGGACGGCUGCACCGGUGCCUUUUCUGGCAGGGACGGCGGAGCAGAACCUCCAGCGGAGGACCAACCUUACCAACAAACUUGCCAAACGCCUGUCAGGCAACGAGCGUGCGAAAGUCGACAUGGCCGUCGCUUUGCAGGCUUGGUUCGGCUUUGUCAGCCAGCAUAUGCUCGGCCUUCUGGCGCAAGUCCGUGCAAUCGGACAACGGUUGGACGACGACACGGCCGUGGCUGCCAGGGAAAUGCGAGAGAUCCUUUCCGAGCAGCCCUCAGAGACCACAGCGGCUCAGGUGAACAAGGCUCUAGCUGCGGUGGGACCAAUCUGGUCAGAGCCUCAGGAACAGGAGGUGCUGCAACUUGCUGCCCGACUUCGUGCUUUUGGUACAGUUACAAUGCAACCAGUGGGCAACACCGUGGCAACCCCCGCUGGAGGGCUGCCACCAGGUGCGACGCUUGUGGAGGAUGGCGCUCCUUCCGGUCGCACAAGCACUACGGAUGCCACUCUCACCUUGGUUUCUCCUCAACAUUGGGGCGACACUGGAGGAGUGCGGCUUGGGGCUCAUCUGGGUAUGGGCUCCGUGGCAAGCUUUGGUGCCACGGACGAGGAUCUCCUAGGCCUCGAUGGCUCAGGAGACCCAGCCAUACCGCCUCUCGCCACGGAGUUACCUGGCAUAUCUACUGUGGAUGUUCGGGCCCCGACUGCAAUGCCGUCGCCUCCGAUUCCAGCUGGUGUAGAUGCGACAGCGUUACCGGUUUCCACAGGAGGCAGAUGGAGGAAGCGAAGUGGUGGCCACACGGAGAGGCCAUCCAAAAGCCCACGACGCGAGAUCGACACGGGCACGCCGUGGCCAUCCCUGAAGACAGGUCGUACGCCGGACAAAGCGCCCAGGUCUUCGCUUCUGGCUGCCGUGGAAGACGAAGCGGAGCUGAUCCCGGCGGAGCGCGAGCCCCCACGCACUUGGGAGCAGGCAUGGACUGCUCUUCUGCAGUUUGCAGUUUCCCAAGUCUACAACGCCGAGAAAGAAAGCGAGGUCUUGACACACUGUGGAGCGGUGUGGCAAUACCUCCAACAGGUGUUGUCAGCCACCUGCCCCAAGGCCUUCUUGUCGCGGCGCAUGUUACUGCAGGAGGGAGGUCCCUUCAAAGGGUAUAUUGCUGUGGAACCUGCAGAGGAUUUCUCGGCGGACAGCAAUGGACGGGAGCUGCACGGCCUUUUCCGGAGUGUUCUGGCCCUCCGAUGGGGUUCCGUCUGGCGCCUUGGAUCGGUUCCUGCAGUUGUGGACGCGUCGGCCCUUGCACCAGUGCGUUUUCCGGGUGGUCCUUGCGUCGAACCUGUCCUGCAGCAGGUUCCAGCACCAAUGCGCGACAUCGGGGUCUUUGCCCCGUCUUUGGCGCACUGCCCUCAGGUCCUCCAUGUUGAUGACCGUACCCAUGGGGCCCUCCUGUUCCGACAGGUGUGCUCCGCGCUAGGUCUGCAGACAGCGGAAUGGAGUUGGCGCCGCCAGGUUGAAACACUGCCUUCACUCCCACCGGAGCAGUACGUUCUUACCGAGCUCACCCUCCCGUGGUUCCGGAUCCGUGUUCCGGUCGACCUUCGUGCUGUCGGCGGGUCUGUCUCGCUCUUAGACACCUUCCGACACCAGCCAGGCGCCGCGAUAAUCAGGGACGCGGCUGUGCAGCAAGGCAUACACGUUGAUGUGAACAACUGCCUGUGUCGGUUGGGAAAUGCUUGGUUUGUUCCCCAGGCCUAUGUGCUUUUGCUCCCGCAAGGAGACGCAUUGCAGGACGUGUUUUCCACGAGCCUUUCGCUGCCUGGACCCGCGGAGCUUGCAUUUCAUUCUGAGACUGGGGUCAAUGCGGUGGUUCUGUAUGCCAACGGGCUGUUCUUUACCUUCGCCCCGAUGUUUGCGGACCAUCUUUCCAUUCGUUCAACUGUGAUGGGAGCUUUCAUGUCGGAUGUCACGUGCGGGGGUGCCACUUUUAGCCAUUUCGCUCGGGUCCUCCCUCCUUUGGAGCAGUUGCCCGCGGUGCAAUUUGUUGCCUUACAACGUCCUGAGGGUUGUCUCCCAGGCCUUAUCGAUUUCCGACCACUUGGUGCGGGGCUUGCCGUGCUUCCUUACCAACCCGGGGCGAGCCCGGCGACGCGCCUGGCACUGGCUGUGGCCACAUCCGGAGAACCAGUACCGGAAUGUAGGCUUGCUGAGCUUCUUGCUCGGGGCAGUUUAGUGGUGCUCCACCGUGAACACUCGGUGGAUCCUGACAAGCCUCUCGAAGCUAAUGCACCAGCCCCGCUUGUGGUUUUACGUCGCCGGACCCUCCCGGAGGCUUCGCCAUGCUCGGCCAGCGGCUGUUCUUCUGCGAGUGGGCGCUCAGCCAUCAAUUUUGGGGUUCUCUUGGCGGUUACUACGCGGUAUGGUGUUCGUUCGGCUGCCUUGUUGCUUCUCGUGUUGCGCGUCAGCUGGGGUACUUUUCUGCAACCGGACCCCGAUCCGCCCGCCGAUGGGAUAGCCCUCCAUCGUAAGUCAGAUGAUGCACAGGUUAGGAUCCCAUUAGACACGGAAGCCGGGGUUGGCGCGCACCACCGCCUCGCCCAGAGACUGAGCGCGUCCCGUGAAUGGGCUUCUGCUGAGUGGAGCAGGAGUCAGAAUUUAGCGACUGCCCCUGCCUCACACUACUACUUUCAGGUAGCAUCGCCCGGCGAUUCUGUUUGGUUUCUCUUCCCAGGUGACCGAGGAGCAGACGUCCUGAAGAGCGUGCUGCUCAGGGCAGGGGGCUUGUUGGGACGUGGUUUCCCGAUCUUGGUUCAACCUUCUGCAUUUGAUCGAUGUGUCCGAUUCAUCUCCCCAGCGCGCAGUCUGCAGUAUGUUACUGUGCUUGUUGAUGCUGGUGGACCCUUGAUCUGUCUGGAUGUGGUUCGUUCCAAUCCUGGGCCCUCCAUUCUGCAGGCGCUGGUACUGCUUUUCCCGGGAGGAAGCUUUCGUCUUGAUGAAGGGGCGCCUCACCCAUUGCGACAUGGAGAUGUAGUCGUGGCGCAUAGUGAUGAUAAGAUUGACCUGCCAGACGUUGGGGCUUUGUCUGUACCGAUGCCCACGUUUUCAGCGACCAGUUGGCUUGUUCCGCAUACCGAUGUGUUUAUCACGUCUGCCGACCAAGGCCUGCUUUCGGUCGAAGUCCCUAAAGGAUUCACUAAGUACCGUCUUGAGUCAGCUCUGCAGUCUUGGUACGGUGAGCAUCGUUGUGGGACAGGUUGCCUCAUUCGACUGCCUCUUUCCGCGCCGGCGGUCGACUUGUUCUGUCUUAUUGAGCGCACGCACAGCACGCUCACAGUUAUGCUCACCGAUGUUCUGGAUUGCGGGGUUCUCCCGAUUGUCCUCACUGUGUCUGCCCCAGUCUCUGAGGAGCUGCCUUUGUCAAGCAUUCGGGGGAUGGCUUCGCCACAGUCGUCCUUUUGGAACGCGGUCUUAGACCAACAGCCAACCAUUUUGCGGCACUUUGCGCUUUCGGCGGCGCAAGUCAGCUCAGGCCUUCCCUUCGUGUUCUUUCAGCUUGGAUUGGACUUCUGUCGAUUGUCUGAUGCAGGAUGGAGCCAGUCCUUCCGAGUUCCCGGGUUGAACAGGGAGUUCAAACCUUCCCCCUGCACUGGCCAGCUCAUGCACGGCCAUUUUCCUUGGGCCAUCCGAAUAGGAGAAUGGGUGAGAGCUGCUUGCACGUUGUCGGUGGACUGGCCCGAAGUUAUGUCAAUUGGAGGGCUCACCACGUGGGACCUGCCAGGUGUUGAGAUCCACGGGCAGUUGGCUGUUUGGAAAUGGCCUGGUGAAGUGUCCUCUCUGGCUGGGGAAUGUGGGCACCUUUUCCAGGAAGGCCAUGACGCCUUCGCAUGCGAUGCUACACGUGGCCUCCAGGCACGCAUCAAUGGGGUUCUGAACCAGCCGUCAGUUGCAGCAUUUGCCAGUGUGGUCAGUCCUGCCUUCGGACGCAGCCUGACGACUCGAUCAUGCCUCGGAUGGUGGCUCCUCCUUCCUUUUCUUCUUCAGGGCCCGGUGCCGGUGUUGGGUGCGGCCUCAGAUACUGACGAUGAAUGCCCAGAACCGCAGGUAUUCCCUCGAUACGACAGUUCCCCGCCAGUGGCCGUGGCUUGGUGCUAUGAGCUAUCCUGUCAAACCACACACUUGGGUGUCAUGCCUGCCUCCCUUUGGGGAUACUGCCAGGCUAACGCACCGACUGACACGAUUCGCUUCCACAUUUGGACACCCUUUCAAGGGCCUGCCAUUUUUGAUUACCCCAAGGGAGUUUGGCUUGCCGUUCUUUUCACAGGGACAGUUCGGUAUUUGGCACGGGGGAGGGGAACUUCCUCUAGCCGGCGAGACCUGCCUCCAAGUGCUGCCAUCCGGUAUGAGUCAGUCAAUGAGAUCAGUCACCAGCUCACGAUGCUUACCUCCCGACUUGAGGUUGCGGGCGUUCUCCCAGGGAGCGAGCCUGAUGAGGCGGGACAAGUCGACUGCUUAGAGCUGUACAUCCCGUUGCGCAAUGGGGCGUCUUUCUUCUUGGGAGGAGGUGAGGACACCCAUCUGCUCCGCCCGAGUGAUGAGGACGCUGCACGCACUGGUACACCGGUUGUAGGCCAAUGGCCUGCUGUUGCGCCAACCUUCGAUCACGCGUCCAUUCCCACUUUGCAAGGACGUGUUAUUGCUUUCAUGUGCGAGGUCGACGACCGCAGCAACAGGGACCGACCUUUUCUGCCGGCGGGUUGUCCGCUGACUAUUCAUAAUCCUUUCACAGUCUCUGACCAAUGUAGCGUGGUCACUCCCCUUGUUGGAUCCGGGCAAGAAUUUAGGUUUCUGCUCCAAGAUUUCUCUGGCCGCCGUGGAUGGCAGCAGAUACUUCCUGUCCAGCCGCAGCCCGAUGCAGAGGCGGUUCAUCUGAUUCCUGCAGCGGCUGAUUCGGCCCUGGCUUCCGUUGUGCUCCGCACCCAUCGAGGGCUCCACCCGGUUUGCCUUCCAGCUACGCUCCCGGUUGGUCCUAGUCGGGCGUUGACCUUAGGUGGGCGUUUUGGCCGACUGCGCGAACCGUACCCUCUUCGACGCAAUGUCGAACGGCCGGUGCACCUUCGAGAUGGUGACUGCCUCCUUCUCGACUCCGGUCCGUUUGGCCCGCCGCCUCCGACACCAGUUGUCACCAGUGGGGCUGCAGUGUUGCCACUGUGGCUACUUGCGGGAGUGUCUUUUAGAUACGUCCCUAUGCGCUUUCUGGUUUUCCUUCCUGCGGUCCAGGCAAUGCUCCAGUGGACGGACACUUUGAGGCCGACACGUCGUGACACGGUCGACGUGGGCUCCUUCGCUUGGCGAGACGCAAGGUUUGACAGGACACUCGAGGGGAUUGUUAGUCAGCCGCGGCUGCGGUGUGUCCUUUUGUGUCCUCUGACCGGCAUGCAAGGUCCGCGUGAGAUAGCUACGCGCACUGCUUACCCUGCGCUGCUCGGCCACUAUCAAGCUGUGCAUGGCGACUGGAUACGGGAUGUUGUCCCAGUCUGGCCGGGGCUCUUUCGUGACCGUCUAGUUCUGGUACCGGAUAUCGGGGCCGACCCCAGGUGUGUUUGUAUCGUGGCGUGCCACUUGGACACUGCAAGAGCAUUCUUGGUGCCCGGCCGUUGUACCUUUGACUGCCUUCUGCGGACACUACGCCAUUUGUCGGGUUGGCCCAUCAUGCAUUUGGGGGUCUCCCCCUCUGUUCGCUCUUCCCUGCCGAACCCUCGCACCUGGGAACUGAGCCUUCGCACUGCGGAUGUUCUAGAAGUAUUCACGGGAACGAAGGAUGUUAAUGCUUUUGUUCCACAGAUGCCUCUCAGUCUCGUUUCUCAGGUGCGGUGGACCGCCCCAUUUGUGGUUGCAGAGCCUGACUUAGUUGGUGUCUGGUCGCCGGUUCACGGGGGUCCGAUUUUUACCCGGGUUGAUGCAGGCGCAUUUUGGACACCUGAGGACAGGACGUUUGAGGGCUCUUUCAGGAGCCGCUGGCCAGGUUCGUGGGUCCCUAUUCCAUGGCACCCGGGAAAUUGUGUGCACUUAAUGCAAGCGUCCACUAGUCCGGGAAGAGCGCAUAUUAUACAUGAAAGCCGCGAAGGGGUUGUGGCGCUUGCCUUCACUGCCCGUACCAGCCGUUCUGAACUUGCUGAAGAAUUGCAUUCCUUGCCUGAGUACAUGUCUGUACUCGGCGCUACACCUGAGGACACCAUCGCGCCCCUAGUACUCCGGGAUGGUGAUGUUGUACUGGACUCAUAUGUCUAUGAGCAACGCUGGCUCUCUGUUUGGAAUCGUGGGCGACGAUGGAGGCUAGACAACUCGGUCUGCCUCUCGAUUGCUCUGCUGAUCGCAGCACGUCAGCCGGCCCUCUUCGGUCUUCUUGUCGGAGGUCUUCCCACGGCUGAGGCGGUCCGUCGCGGUCGGAGCCGAACUCCCAGCUCCGCACACUCGUCUGCCGACUCAGAUGAUGACUUAUGCCCUCGAGCUAAUGCCUGGCGCCCUGAGCACCCACAACCUAUGUUGGAGGUCCUGUCAAGUGGUCAGGGCCACUAUCAUAUCCUCUCUCCCUUCCACAGCGGAGCCUUCCCGGCGUACUUUACGCGCGAAGUCGCGGGUACAACGUUGGACGGCCUGGUGGCUGAAUUCUGUGGCCGAUGGAGUCGAGGUCAUGUGCUGCUUGGCCCUACCAUCGGGCGCCAACCUAUGACAAUCGUCCCUGGGGGCCUCGCUGAUCUCGCGACAGUAGUGGUGUCGGUGUGUGGGCGUCACUUUGCCUUGCUUCUACCGCGUCAUUUCUCGCUCCGGGAAUUGCGAGCCCAUUUGGCCCUGUGGAGGCCAUGGCAGAAUCGUCUUGUGCUUCCGCCCUCCCUUUCUCGGUGUAGGGACCUUGAGAGUCUGCCGAUGGGGUUGCGGGAUGGCGAUGUCUUUGGCUGGCAUGAUGACCAUAACCAUCCCCAUGUGCCCGAGCCUCCUCUUGCGCAACAUCGUUUUGUCAACUGGUUGCCUCAUCUCACAUGCUGGCAUGCUUCUUUCAGCGUGAAGCACGGGGGCUGGGUCUAUGUUUGGCAUCCGCAUGGAGACCCACUUUUUCAGUGUGAACGACAUUGGGUGCACGCAGGGUCCCGGUGGCUCCCGGGCAGCCUCCAGUUUGUACGUCCUCGGUGCAUGCCCGGUAAUGACCGAUGGGUCCCCGCUCAGUACCACGCGGAUGGCGCUUGUCAUUUUGUGCGGCAGGCGCCACCAGGAGCAGCACAUGUUCUCCAGCACCGUCCUUUUAGUGACGAGCCAGUAGAAUGUCUCCUUCUUGAGCGCACCAGGGGCGAGGACUGUUUACCCCCUGGGUGGCAAGUGGAACACCGCCUUCGACGCGGCAUGGGGGAAGUGAUUCUCCGUGACGGUGACACUCUUAUUCCUUCCCAUGCGCCAUCCCUUACUCCGCUUAGUGCGGCCGCGGCGGCUGUCUGCGCGCGAAUGCCGGCGCGACUAGUACUAUGGUUGCUGGUUUUUAGCCUGUCUCGAUGGCCGGCAGCUGCAAUGUUUGUGCCUCCCGAGGCUCUUACUGAUUCCUCAGUGCGGGUGGGCAAGUUUCCUUGGCGACUUCCCCCUGAGGACCGUGCCCUGCAUGAAUCCAUCCCAGGCGCUUUCACCUGUAGGCUACUGUCCCCCUUCGGGGUGAGGGGCGAUCCUGCUGUGGUCAUGCGACAAAACGACACUGUGGAAGAAGUCAGGAUGGCCUUGACGGGCUCUGAGCCGGUUUGGUCGCACGAAAUAGUUCCGGUGUGGCCGUCGCCCUCGCCUGACCAGUUGGUGUUUGUACCCGUGGCCCCGUCACCCGCCAUGGCAUGCCUGGUCGUUCUCUCAGUUGAAUGGCAAAUGCCGGUGUUGAUCCCUAAUCGUGCUGACAUGGCCUGGUUGUUGGAUUUCAUACGAGGUAUGUCGCCAGGCCCACUCUUCUCCCUCAGAGGUCCGCCUGCGGCGGUGGGUCCAGUCACUAGCGCCCACGAAGCCGUGCGUUGGAGGGAUGGGGAUCUGGUUCUGGCUUUUCCCACUUGGAGGUUCCGGUUUUUCGUGCUGAUGGACAGAGUGCCUCCUCUGCGAGCGUUCGGCACAUGGCUCUCUGGGCCCUGGACUUUAGGAGUGAAGUGGACCUUCCUCUGGUCCUAUGGAGACCAGGACAGCGCCCGAUACGUACACGUGUGCCUGCUCCAGCAAUCUGAGAUUCACACCUCCACACUUUUCAAGGGGAUUUUCAGGUUCGGUACCCCGGUCAGUGGAGCCCGGUGCCUUGGGCGUAUGACGAUGGAGACCCUUAGAGGUGAUCGCCUUUUGGGCACGUGUCAUACUGUUCACGCGCUUGCUAACGCGGCUACCUGCCAGAUCCUUCUUGAUCGAGAUACGGAUCCAUGCUUUCUACUCGGGCAGCCCCAAGACAAACCCUGGGCUGAGCUCCGUAACGGGGAUAUAGUACACUUUCCGGACGCCGAGGUUUCAGCUGCGGUCCAGGUCUCUCGCUGGCCCUCUGUGUUGUUCUGGGGAGUCGUUCUGUCCAGGGCACUCGGUUGGAGAGGAUACCUGGCUUUCCUGUUGCUUAGCGCUGACGCCUACUCGGCACAAGCGAUGAGGGAAGCUCCCCCCCGAGAUACCGGGCAGCCACGACACUGCCUCUGGUGUCCUGCGCAUGGGAGGCUGGGGCCCUUUCUGGACGCAGACACAGCACUCUAUGCAACAGGCUGGAAUUCUCUUGAUGUUACCCUCGCCCCAGUUCGGCCAGCGCCGCUUUCUAUUGACAGCCAUUGGGUUCCGGGCUGGGUAUUAGAGGGUGGGCCACAAUUCUGA